CCAAGCUUCAAGGAAACAACUGAGAAACUCUGAUGAAGUUUUUCUGGUUGUUAAGACACCCCGCAGCCCCGCCGCUGCUUCAACUGACUGAUGAAAUGAGAUGUUAAAGAAAGUUGAAUAGGAAUUAAUCCACUGAUGGGACACAAGAGAAGAACAAACCUCAACAAGUUAUUACGUCUUCACCACGUGAGGAGGACCAAAUGAUCUAAGCGUGGGUGGAAGGUUGUGUGUUGACAAAAGACUAAAGUGGAAGUGGUCAUGCUGUCAUCACAGGGAACUGGUGCACUGAGUCUUUUUCACUGUUUGAUAGCGGUUACUGCACUGAUUGACUCUGACGAUGUCAUCACACGUGAUGAGCAGAUCUAUGUUCUGAUCGGUGCACAUGCACGGUGUGAAAGGAACAUCCAGACACAAAUAGCCCUUAUCAAAGAAGGUGACUGUGCCCCGGAGUGGGAUGGGAUCAUUUGUUGGCCCCGGAGCAGACCAGCUCAGCUGGUCUCAGUUCCAUGUCCAGAGUACAUCUAUGACUUCAACCACAGAGGACGAGCCUACCGCCAGUGUGAUGUCUCAGGGAACUGGGAGCUGGUGCCCAGCAACAACCGCACAUGGGCUAAUUACACAGAAUGCACCAGAUACCUCACCUCCAACCACAGAAGCAUUGAGGAUAAGGUCUUUAAGCGGCUUCAUCUGAUGUACACAGUUGGCUACUCCAUUUCUCUAGCAUCCCUGUUGGUGGCAGUCUCCAUCCUCUGCUAUUUCAAGCGUCUGCACUGUACACGCAAUUACAUCCACAUACACCUCUUCACCUCCUUCAUUUGCCGAGCGGUCAGCAUUUUUGUGAAGGACGCUGUUCUCUACAACAUAUCCGACGACAACAGAGCUGAAUCUGAGUUCACAACGGAGAAGUCUCCUAUGGCUGGUUGUAAAGCAGCGGUAACUCUCUUCCUGUACUUCCUGGCAACCAAUCAUUACUGGAUUCUGGUGGAGGGAUUGUACCUCCAUAGCCUCAUUUUCAUGGCUUUCCUCUCCGACAAGAACUACCUGUGGGCUCUCACCAUCAUGGGCUGGGGUGUUCCAGCUGUGUUUGUGUCCAUCUGGGUCAGUGCGCGGGCUUCCCUGGCAGAUACUCAAUGUUGGGACAUCAGUGCCGGAAACCUGAAAUGGAUCUACCAAGUUCCCAUUCUGGCGGCCAUUGUCGUUAACUUCCUCCUCUUUAUUAAUAUAAUUCGUGUACUGGCCUCUAAACUGUGGGAAACCAACACUGGAAAAUUGGACCCCCGACAGCAGUACAGGAAGUUGCUCAAGUCCACUUUAGUUCUCAUGCCCUUGUUUGGAGUUCACUACAUUGUGUUCAUGGCUCUUCCCUACACUGAGGUCACUGGACUGCUGUGGCAGGUGCAGAUGCACUACGAGAUGUUCUUCAACUCUUCUCAGGGUUUUUUCGUGGCGUUUAUCUACUGUUUCUGCAACGGGGAGGUGCAGGCAGAGGUAAAGAAGGCGUGGCUGAGGCGCAGCCUGGUUCUGGACUUCAAACAGAAAGCCAGGAUGACCAGCAGCGGCGGGGGCAGCUGUUACUACGGCGGCAUGAUGUCACACACCACCACCCACAGCGUCUGCCUGUCCGCCGCCAAUCCCAGAGCGCUGUCCUGCACGGGGGGGUCGCUGGGCUCAGGUGGCGCUGCCUUUACGGCCUGUAGCUGCGGGGCGGGGGUAAUGCUGCCACGCCACGCUUUCCCGGCCUCCCUCCAGCCUCCCAGCAGCCUGUGUGUGUGUGCCGCCGCUGAGCCGGAGACCUCGGGCCAACAACAGGACCUCGCUGUGUGGAAACCAGGGGGGGACGGGGGGACGGGAGUUUUUGCCAGACACAUCAGAGGGAACGACAACUGGGACAAUCGUGGAGCAGAUGAUCCAGACAGCUUGUUUUCUGUGAAGGAGCUGGAGACCAUCUUAUAA